CCAACCCCGACAUCUCCAACAGCACCACCAAUCCACAGAAUCGCUGCCAUCAUGAGAAGAGAAGACAUCACCUACAUGGGUGCCGGCCCCGCCGCCCUCCCGACCGACGUUCUCACCACCGCCGCUGAGGCUUUGUUGAACUACCAAGACACUGGCUUGGGUGUAGCAGAGCACAGCCACCGCAGCGAGCUGGCCUCGAAUAUCCUGAACACUGCCAAGGCUGACCUCGCCAACUUCCUCGACAUCCCUUCCUCCUACGAGAUCCUGUUCAUGCAAGGUGGUGGCUCCGGCCAAUUCUCCGCAGUCGUCUACAAUAUCGUAUCCGUUUGGGUCGAGAAGCAAAGACAGAAGAUCGUGAAGGAACACCCCGAGAUCAGCGAGGAGGACGCGCUGAAGGAGGUUCUCAAGAAGGUCGAAUCGGAAUUGCGGUUGGACUACCUUGUGACUGGAUCAUGGUCAUUGAAAGCCAGCCAAGAAGCUGCCCGCCUCCUCGGACCCGAGUGUGUCAAUGUCGUCAGUGACUCGAGAACGAUCAACGAUGGGAAGUUCGGCAAGAUCGCGGACGAAUCAACCUGGUCGUUGAGCCCCAAGGCUGCUAUGGUGUACAUGUGCGACAAUGAGACUGUCGAUGGUGUCGAAUUCCCUGGCUUCCCCAAGGUGCUGGAGCCCAGGGGCACAGACAAUGACCCCAUUGUCAUCGGUGACUUUUCGUCGAACAUCCUCUCCAGACGGAUUCCGGUCGAGAACUACUCCGUCAUCUUCUUCGGAGCUCAGAAGAACCUCGGUACGCCUGGAGUUACUGGAGUGAUCAUCAAGAAGGACCUCCUGCCCCCGGUCUCUCCUCCCGCCUCUCCCGCUAUCCUGCGCAAGCUCGGUCUGCCCAUUGCGCCCACCAUCCUCGACUACUCCGUCAUCGCCAAGAACAACAGUCUCUACAACACUCUGCCCAUUUUCGAUGUCUACAUCGCCGGUCAGGUGUUGAAGAAGCUCCUUGCCGAGUUCCCCAACAAGGUUGAUGGACAGCAGGCCGUUGCCGAGAAGAAGGCGAACCUUAUCUACCAGACUCUCGACGCAUACCCUGAGGUCUACCGCGUUGUUCCGGACAAGAGCGUCCGCUCGCGGAUGAAUGUCUGCUUCCGUGUGACCAAGGGUGGCAACGUCGACGAGUCGGAGAAGUCUUUCUUGAAGGGCGCUGUUGAGCGUGGCGUUACCGGUCUCAAGGGCCACAGAAGCGUCGGAGGUAUCCGUGCCUCCAACUACAACGCGAUCCCCGAGUCCGGCGUUGAGAAGCUUGUUGCCUACUUGAAGGAGUUCGCUGCCUAAGAGGUCGUUGAGAGAUUAAAAGUGAUAUCUGCACAUAAAUAGCC